UGUCACUGAUCCAUUCCUGGUUGAUCUAGUUCCUCUGAAGAAUAUUUCUUAAAAUUCUAAACCAAAAAUAAGGCGACAUGAAAAACGCAAAUACAACUGUUAUAAUUACAGGACCACCAGGAGUAGGUAAAACCACACUGGUCCAUAAAAUCUGCUUGGCUCUGCGAGAUAAAGGACGCAUUCUUCAAGGAUUCUAUACAGAGGAAGUGCGCGGUGAGGGAAUCAGCCAAAGAAUCGGGUUCGAUGUGGUCACUUUGUCCGGAAAGCGGGGAAUCCUAUCUCGUGAGAAUCCGGGAGACCAGCUGCGGCGCCCCAAAGUGGGAAAGUAUUCGGUGUUUGUGCGGGACUUUGAAAGUCUCGCUCUGCCACUACUUGGCAUCGAGGAUUCCCAACCAGAACCGGAUCUGCUGGUCGUCGAUGAAGUGGGCAAAAUGGAGCUGCUUAGCAAGCGGUUUGAGUUGGCCAUGGCUGAUCUUCUAAAGGAAAAGCGAACCCUACUGGUCACCAUACCCGAGAGAUCAACAGUGGAUUUGGUGGAGCAGCUGAGAAAGUCAGCAGGAUCGAACAUCUACCAGGUGACCAGAUCGAAUAGGAACAUUUUAGCUGGAGAAAUUAUAGAACAUAUCACAAAAUCACUUCUUUAACAAAAAUAAA